CAAACAUUAAGUUUCGUUUUUCGUUGCUGCUUUCAGUGAUGGCGUCUGCUGAUCUGAGAGACGAGCUGACCUGCUCCGUCUGUCUGAACAUUUAUACAGAACCUGUAACCCUGCCAUGUGGACACAGCUUCUGCCGAGUCUGCAUUGAGAAUGUGCUGGACACACGGGAGGUGAGAGGCUAUUCCUGUCCUGAAUGCAGAUUCAUUUUGAGGAAAAAACCUGAGCUUAAAAGAAACCAUAGAUUGUGUAACAUAGUUAAGAGUUUCCGAUUUACUAAGCGACCAGUGAUAAAGAUUGGGAUCCCCUGUACUUACUGUAUUCACUCUCCUGUACCUGCUGCUAAAACAUGUCUGCACUGUGAAUCUUCUCUGUGUGAAGCCCACCUGAAGGUUCACAGCAAGUCUGCAGAACAUGUCCUAAUUGAACCCACCACUUCACUGGAGAACAGAAAAUGCUCCGUCCACAAGGAAAUCCUGAAAUAUUACUGCUCUGAGGAUGCUACCUGUAUCUGUGUGUCCUGCAGGCUGGACGGGGAUCAUAGGGGACACCAGGUGGAGACUCUGAAUGAGGCCUCUGAGAAGAAGAAGGAGAAACUGAGAAAUAUUCUGCAGAAACUGACCUCAAAGAGAGAGGAGGCUGUGAAAAGAGUCCACAGCCUGCAGGAGCUCAGGAGAGAAGUGCAAACAAAAGCAGCUGGGGUAACAGAGGAAGUAACUACCCUGAUUAGGGGCAUUAAAAAACAACUAGAAGCUGUAGAGAAGCGAGUCCUGCGUGAGAUCUCCAGGCAGGAAGAGCAGGUCUCACUGGAAGUCUCAGAUCUAAUCCGGCAGCUGGAAAUAAAGAAGGAGGAUCUGUCCAGGAAGAUGGGUCACAUUAAGGAGCUGUGUAACAUGACGGACCCAUUAACUGUCUUACAAGGACGGAAAUCAGACAGAGUUGACCAUUGUGAUACUGAGGAGGGAGAUAAUGAGGAGAGAGACAGAGAUGAUAAAAAGGUCCGUGCUGUAGGGGAUCUGGAUGUGGUUCUGAUCUCAGUGACCUUUCACUCAGGAUUAGCUGGGUUUGUGACCGGAGUAAAGAGACAGUGCCAUGUACCGGCUAAUAUAUUACUGGGUGUAAACACGGCUUCAGACAUGUUACUGGGUGUAAACACGGCUUCAGACCUGUUACUGGAUGUAAACACGGCUGCUAAUAAUGUAACUGUAUCAGGUGAUAUGAAAACUGUAUCCUGGUCAGGAAUAAACCACAGACGCCCAGAAACACCAGAGAGAUUUCAGUGUAAUCAGGUUUUAAGCGCCAGGAGUUUCUCCUCAGGGCGACAUUACUGGGAAGUGGAGGGCAGUGAAUCAGGGGAAUGGGAGGUAGGGAUGGCCUAUCCCAGUAUAGACAGGGAAGGAGGUCAGUCACGGCCUGGAUAUAAUAGCAAGUCCUGGGGUUUGGAGAGAAGCUGGUUGACUGAUGAUGAUUAUAAUGUGAGACAUGACAGUAAAGUAACAUUUCGGUUAUGUCACCACCUUUCCAGCCAGAGAUUCGGGAUAUACCUGGACUACGAGGCUGGGCGGCUGUCCUUUUAUGAGCUGUGUGACCCCAUCAGACACUUACACACCUUCACUGCCACCUUCACUGAGUCGCUUCAUGCUGUAUUCGGGGUAUAUGAGGAUAAUACCUGGCUGAGGAUUUAAUGUAUUGCAUGAUUUAUUAAUCUAAUUAAAGAGAUUUAACUGAAAAUCCCAGAGUGGAAAUCAGGAGCCAAUAAUACUAAUCUGGGUGUGGGCGGAGCCUGUUACUAAGCAACCACUGCUCUGUGUCACUGUGUGUGUGUGACUGUGGGGUGUAUUCAAACAGUGAAUUUUACUGACAUUAAAAUAUAAUUACACAAUUUAGACCAAACAUUUCUAUAAUUCCUGGUUUAUCCAUGACAGCAUUACAACAGGGUUAGCCCCGCCCACUUUUUUUGUAAUCCAACUAUAGUCCCAGCCUGGUCAUGUAUCCUGAAUUUUACAUUUUGUUUUUAAUUCAUCAUAAUUCACUGAUUACUGAUUCAAAGUGUGUCUUGAGUGUUUUGUGUGUGUGUUGUUUAAUUGUGAUGAGAGUUAUAGUUUAUUGCAAAGGUCAGUUACAGGCAACCUCUGGUUCUGGCAGCUGUUCUGGACUUCAAUUCCCAUCAUGUGUUUUACGCACGCCUGCACUAUGUGUGUGAAUGUGUGUCAUAAUGUGUGUUCGUGUGUGUCACCUUGCCAGUGUGUGUCAUUAUGUGUUCUGGGUGGUUAUUAUUGUAUAUUGGCUGGCUGAGUGUGAUGGGAGUUGCAAUGAGCAGUGUAAUUCUCCAGAGGUUUAGGCCGAGCUGUUUGUAUAGUAUUGAAAUAUAGAAACUGCAUGUUUUACCUGAUGGGCUUUACUAAAAGAUUUUUUGUAUUAUUAGGAAUGGUUAUAAUGAACAGACAAUGGGAAUUUACCCAGUAAAUCCAGGUACAUAUAGAAAAUUAUCUGAGAAAAUGGGACGGGAGUUUGACGUUUGUAGACUAGACGCCAUUUAUAGCGCAGACUGCAAGUUCAUUAUUUCUCUAAAUACUUUCCGU